AUGGUAUCUGCGAUCGCGACCGCAAACACGACAGCCGCUCCUCCCUCGAUGAAGGCCGAAAACUUUGUCGAGCUGAUCCGGCUCGAGGCCACCGACGAGCCCAACGUCUUUCUCACCUGCUCGUUCCCGGAGAAGCAGGGCAACUCGGCCGCCAUCGCCUACGGCGGCUGCACCCUCGCCUUUGUCGUCCAGGCCGCCUACAAGACCGUCGAGGGCCGCAAGGGCCUGCCGGACUUCAACAUCUACUCGCUCAACGGCAACUACCUCGGCCCGGCCCUAUCGGAUCGCCGCGUCAGGCUCAAGGUCGACAUCGUCCGCGACACCCGCACCUUUGCCACCCGCUUCGUCACCGCCUACCAGACCUGGGACAAUGGUCAGGAGCGAUCGUGCUUCGCCGCCCUGAUCGACUUCCAGGCGCCCGUCCCCAAGCCCGCCGAGCCCCUCAAGGUCCCCUACGCGCCCUUUUCGGCCAGGCCGAGCACGAUCGUCCAGCGGCCGGAAGACGUGCCCAGCUGGCGGGACGUCAUCGACGAACGGGUGCGCACCGGCGGGCUGACGCCGCAGCGCGCGCGCGGCAUGCUCGAGAUGUUUGAGCUCGGCAUGCGUCUGGGCGAGAGCCGCCAGGUGCCCACCAGCAUCCACUACCAGAACAUGAUCGGCAACGACACGUCAAAGCCGACGACCCAGGACCACCUCGCCCUGACGGACCGCGUCUCGGUCGACUGGUUCCGGUGCCGCGUCGACCUGGGGCCCUCGUCGUCCGCCCUGCCGCCGCCGCCGGGCGGCAACUCGCGCGCGCUGCCCGUGUCGGCCAAGUCGGCCAACGCCUGCUUCCUCGCCUUCACCAUGGACGCCGCCAUCGCCUUCAUCCCCGUCACCUACUCCAACAUCCCGCUCGACGCCGUCGGUGCGUGCUCGUCGCUCGAUUGCGCUUUCCGCUACCACACCGAGGCCCCCGACAUGAACAAGUGGCACCUGCGCGAGAUGAAGACCAUCUGCGGGCAGGCCGAGAAGACCUACUCCGAGGCCAGGCUGUGGGACGAGGAGCUCGGCAUGGUGGCCACCAUGACCCAGGCCUCGAUCCUCCGCAGCCCCCCUCCGCCGCCGCCGGGCAGGAAGGAGCAGGCGCGGCUAUAG